GUUUCUCAUCUCCAACCUCCCCACACCAUGAAGAUCAUUUACGCUAUCCCCGUUGUUGGGGCUCUUGUUUACCGCGCCUGGUCAAAAAAGUCAUUGACUCCAGUUGGCCUUGUCUUCGCGGGCUUGUCGGCUGGUGCUCACGCUUUGCACCCAUGGUACACACCGUUUGCACUGCUCGCGGUGUUUUAUUUCGGGGGCACAAAGGCGACGAAGGUUAAACACGACAUCAAAGCUCGUCUGACACUCUCCGCGACCGGUACUGAUGGCGGCGAAGGCCCACGAAACCAUAUCCAAGUGCUGGCCAACUCGGUCGUCGCUACUGUCCUGAGUGUCGCACACAUAUACGUCCUGUCUAAGAAUACCUCUACCGAGUCCUGCUUUUCUUUUGGAAACAAUGCAGCGGAUAUCCUGAUGGUCGGAAUUGUCGCAAACUACGCCGCCGUUGCAGCCGAUACUUUCUCUUCCGAACUGGGCAUCCUCUCCAAAUCCAAACCUCGUCUGAUAACCUCGCUCAACUUGCGGGAAGUGCCGCCAGGCACCAACGGCGGCGUGACAGCCACCGGGUUGGGGGCUGGUCUACUGGGUUCUUUCACCGUCGCCCUGACCUCGGCCAUUUCCCUUCCAUUCUGCUCAGAGCGAUCGGGACUUCAGGAUCGUGCACUGUGGGUCGUUGCAAUGUCAUGCUGGGGUCUACUGGGUAGUGUGCUGGACAGUGUGCUCGGUGGACUGCUACAGGCCAGUGUGGUGGACAAGCGAAGUGGCAAGAUCGUGGAAGGGGAUGGCGGUAGAAAGGUCCUCGUUCACCCUGGUUCGAUGCAACCGAUCAGCACCUCGGCGGUUCCGUCUGGGGAGUCGACUGGUAGCUCCCAGCUCAAGGGGUUAGAAAGCGCUGCGAACACGGCUACCCUGCGUGGUACACGUGCGACGGGUACGUCCGUGGGCACGCAGCCUGGCCAUGAAGUGAGUCACGAGAGCCGACGUGUGGAGAGCGGACAUGAUUGGUUGGAUAAUAAUGGGGUGAACGUCCUUAUGGCACUGCUGAUGAGUGUGGGUGCCAUGGGCAUUGCCCAGUGGACUUGGAACGUUGAUCUGCAGGAGUUGCUUGUUUAG